AUGACAGAAGUUGAGUACUACGACCAAAAAGUUGUUAAACGGCAUUAUCCAAGAGAAGAGGACAGCUUGACCGGAAGGCUUAGCUUUAAGUUUGACGCCGAUCCGAAUCUUUUCCUUGUGAAAAAUAAAAUUGCGAUUCAUUUCACAAUCGAGCUUGACAAGAAUUAUAUUCCUUCAAAUGGCUUUGCUAGCAAACAGUUCGGAAAGACUGAAGUUGCGGUGAAUUCUCAGAUUAUCGAUAACUCAAAUUCAAAUUCUCACUACUUGUUGGCAGACUACUUGACCAAACGUGUCAAUUUCGACCCACUUUAUGUUAAUUCCGCAUUCCAGAUUGAGGGGUACUACGAUGAAUACAACUAUGAGAAUCUUGUUGAUAGUGACUCAAAGAAAAUGAUUAUAAAUGGACGACGCCCACAAUGUUACGAAACAUCUAACGGAAAUUAUAUUUAUGAACUUAUCUUCCUUCCGACUCAUGGUUUUUUCAUGGAGAACAAACCUCUUCCUCAAAACACAGAUCUUUCAAUUACACUUUAUCGUCUUAAACAUGAGUUUUCGACAAUGUUUAUCGGAGAGAAUGAAACUGAUAUGCUUCCAGCAGGAGAAGUCCUUAAAAUUACUGAUGCCUACGCUAUUGCUGAAUACGUGUCAUCGCCGAGCCUGAGAAACUACUUUGGGAGAAUCAAAUCAAAGCCAAUCACAUAUAAAUUCAAUGAUACUUUGAUAACAACAAUGAGUUUGCCAAAAGGAAGAAAAAAUGUGCAACUUCUUAAUGUGACUGGGGGAAAUACCCCUGCAUAUCUGUUCUUUGGACUGAUUCAAACAGAAGCUCUUCAUGGAUCUUCUAAAAUUGAUUCUUCGAAUUUCAGCUUUUUCAACAAUCUUGUUCAAGUGAAUGUCAUGUUGAAUGGUCAAUCUUUAAAUGGAUAUCCUCAGAAAAUCACAAAUCAAUAUCCGAUUCUUCCCUACUGGAAAUAUCUGGACACGCUUGGGCGAGUUAGUCAAGCUGAUUUGUCAUAUGUUGUAUCAAUGGAAAACUACAAAGUGAACAACAUUUUUGCUCAUGAGUUUGAAGGAGAAGAAAUCUCACAAGGCUGGCUAUCUUUCUCUUUCGAUUUUAGCACACCACUUGAAGAUGAUUACUCAAUCGUUAUUUGGUCUAUCGUCUCGACCAAGCUCACGAUUGACGAACAUAAACAAGUUGAAAAACCCUUCUUUCGCUUUAGAACUUCUGGUCUUCUUUUGCCCGCUCAUCUCAUUAUCAAAAUGUUUGUCACGAUCAAAACUUUCACUUUUCGCUCCUACAAUGGGGGCGGCUUUUUCAGGGUCAAGGGAACUUACAUUCCUGGUUUUGAAACUGACCUUGAUUAUUCACGACCGACCAAAGAGAUCAACUUACGACUGUUUGCAAAGACUGGUGAUGAAGUCUCGAAUGUCUUCCAAGCUCUCCAAAUGCACACAGAAUCACAACGUCCUGCAGAUCUCUACACCACUUCUGAUGCCAAACAAUCCGACUGGGAAAAAGAACACAAUGUCAAGCCUUCCUACACUUUCCGAUUCAAUCGUCCAGUCGACCAGAAAAUCUAA